AGAUGUUACGAAUAAAAUCAUCCCACUACCAGUCUGCACAGAUUUUUCUGUUCUGUAUGUUCAAAACAGCAUUUUCACUUCAUAAUUCUUGUAUUUCCAUUUGUGUUCUUUGACUUUACCAUUACCAUUAUUCUAAGUUAAAGCUCUACCAUAAAGGUAAAUAUAUAGAUUUUUUUUAUUUUAUGUAUAAAAUGUUUAUAGACAAAAGUAAUUAAGUCUAAGUGUGUCUUGAAAUGACAUCAAUGGCAAAUGCCUUCCACAUUACCACAUCUAAUCCAUUAGUGCACAAUAAUGAGCGCUUCUUACAAAAGAUUUGAUUUUGAUGACGUCUAAUUUCCUGUGUGGUCAAAUUACAAUCAAAUUAAUCUGUCUUCUACGUCAAGAUAGAAACAUGCAUGUAUUCUGAAAAGUAGAGAAAACAAAUACGAGAGAGAUAGAGAGAGAGAGGGAGAGAGAGAGAGAAAUACUACUGCAGUGACUGGACCACUCCUCCCUUUCAAGCCAGCCGUGUCUCCACACCCGGAGAAGAACAAGCAAGUUUAUAAAGAUGCUGGGACACAGAAGACAAAAUACAGCGACGUCUCUGAUCGCAUCAUUCGACAGGUCAAGCACUUCAGACACUGCCAGUGAGGUUAAUUUACAAGACCAAAGCCACAGAGUCUAAAAAGUACUGAAAACUAAAGACAUCAUGAACAAGCCGAAACAAGAAUCUUGAAGACCGAAUGCCAUAAUGGAGAAACAACUAUUGGUAAAUAUGGAGAACAUCUCAACCCAAGUGGUAAAUGGGAACUGGGAAAAAAUGGAUAUGAUGUACAUUUCCAUCGAGAGCACCAUCGCGUUGGCUUCAGUGCUUGGUAACGUCUUGGUGGUCCUUGUGGUGUCCAUGAACCACGCUAUGAGAGACCCCACCUUCUGCUUUAUUGUGUCUCUAGCGCUGGCUGACAUUUCUGUUGGCGUUCUCGUUAUUCCUCUGGCCGUGGUCAUCAGUCUGGGUCUCAUGACACCGUUUUACACCUGCCUCUUCAUUUCUUGUGUGCUAGUUAUGAUCACCCAGAGCUCCAUACUGUCACUGCUGGCCAUCGCCAUUGACAGAUUCCUACGCGUCAAAAUCCCAACCAGAUACAGCACUGUCGUCACACAGAGGCGUGCAUGGGUAGCUGUAGGCCUGUGUUGGACCCUGUCCUUUCUGGCCGGGUUGGUGCCAAUGACCGGUUGGCACCGCACCCCACCUGGAAACAUCAGUGUGGACCUCAUGGAAUGCCAGUUCACCAACGUCAUGUGCCUGAAUUAUAUGGUCUACUUUAAUUUCUUUGGCUGGGUGGUGGCACCCUUGACUAUAAUGAUCAGCCUGUAUGCCGAGAUCUUUCGCAUAAUUUGCCGGCAACUCAAUCGGCGAGCCGAAGCCACUUCCGAUUCCAGCAGGUACUAUCGCAAAGAGCUGAAAUUAGCGAAAUCGCUGGCGCUAGUUCUCUUUCUGUUCGCUUUCUGCUGGCUACCACUGCAUAUUAUGAACUGCAUAGUGUUCUUUUGCCCUACAUGCACCGUGCCCAGGACCGCUUUUUACGUAGGCAUCUUUAUGUCGCACGGCAACUCCGCCCUGAACCCGCUGGUGUACGCGUUUCGCAUCCAGCGCUUUCGUGAAACGCUGAUCCAGAUCAUUCACCGAUUCAUACUAUGUAAGAUCUCAUCAACCAGUCCGACCCAGCACGGUCCGGAACCGAUCAAUGAGAAAACACAAGCUCAGAUGUAGCAGCCUGGACUGAGAUUUGAGCCUGUAGACCAUAAUCUAGUCCAGGAGUGGCCAUUCCUGGUCCUGGAGGGCCACUGCCAUGCAAAGUUUAGCUCCAACCCAUCAUUAUGAUCUUGGCUUCGUCCAUUUUUGCUUUUAAGUAGAGAGAAUCCGGCUUUGUACUUGUCACAAUGCGCAACGUGAUACGCAAAAUAUCGGUGCACUAGCUUCAAGCUUGCAUUUCCGGUCUGAUGCAUUCCGCGUAUGAAUGGAAGUCAAUGGGAUGAAAAAUAUUGUGUGACUGGCCCUUUACUUGGAAAUGACAUUCAGGUGUGUUUGAUUGGGUUGGAGCUAAAAUUUGCAGGACAGCGGCACUCCAGGAGCAGGAAUGUCCACCCCUGAUCUAGUCAAUGGAUAACACUGUGAAGCUUAAAAUAUUUCUUCCUUUUGAAUGUAAUAAAAAAAUAUUUUGUGGCCAUAAUGUGGCUAGGUAUGAGAACUGGGUUAUGAAUUGUUUGUUUAGAUGCACGCCAACUAGAUUAACUAGAACAAACUAGAUCGGUGGUUCUCAACUGAUAGGUUGUGACCUAAAAAUAAAAAUUGUUCAUCACGCAACAAAGGUAAACAAGAGUUGAAGGCAUGAAACUAGUUCAUUAAAAUAAAAUGGCUUUUACUAUUUAAAAGGAGUGAAAAACAUUAAAAGCCCAAAUGUGUAUUUUGGCACAAAU